AUGGAAGCUGAGCCUCACGACCCAGAACGUCGAAGCCUGGUGACUCCAGGGCGAUCGCAGCGAAAAGAAAAAUCAGUCCAAGGUCGUGCACGCAGCCGGCGACGUAGUCGCAGUCGUAGUCGUAGCCGCAGCCGCAGACGUAGUCGCAGCUGUAGACGUGACUGUAGCCGCAACAUCAGUCACAGUCGUCAUGGCAGCCGUCGUCGUAGCUGCAACCGCGGCCGCAGCCCAAGUAUUAACUUCGAGAACUCACACAACAGUGCACGAAGUCAAAGCAGGUACUGUGAUUUAUAUAUUCAAGAACGUCAUCUAUAUAACGAGAGAAAACGAAUACGAGAACUAGAAGAUGAAUUACAAAAGAAGCUACGAGAUCUGGACAGUGAUAAAAUCCAACCACUUCAAAAUAAAUCGAACAAACGACAACAUGAAGAAUCGGUACCACAAACACCAUUAGAAGUUUCCCCAAAACAUGUAUCUAUUAAAACUACACCGAAUGAUAAAUAUAAAGUUAUGAUCAGAAUUAAUGGUAAUUCUAUAUGCUGUCAAGUAGAUCUAGGUAGUGAGGUUACAUUGAUACGAGAAAGCGACGCUAAAGCUAUAAAAUUAACAUGGACCUCUGUGAAUAGCCCGUAUUUAAGAGGGUUAGGAAAUAUACCCUAUUUACCGUUAGGACGUACAUUUGCAGACAUAGAACUUCAAGGCUUAGUAGAAAAACAAGUUGAAAUACUUAUUGUAGCAGAUAGUUUGAUUAACUUGCCGGUAUUAUUAGGUCAUAGUUUCACUGAGAGACCAAAUUUAAGAAUAAUUAAGACUGACACAUACUUACAAUUUGACCGAGUAGACGACACGUUAAAUUCCAAAAUAUCCUUGCGUUCUGGGGUUAAUUUAAAAAUUGGUCUAGGGGAAAUGAGAGUAUUAAUAGUGAAAUCAGAUGAAGUUUAUAACGGUUAUGUCUAUAUCAGGGGUAAUAUUAGAGGUUGUCCCGGUAAUGAACACUAUUGCCUGUGUGAAGACCUACAGUGCACUUCUGAGUGCAAAGGUGCAAGCUGUGUUUCAAAGUGUACAGGUGGCAAGUGUCUCUCUUUCUGUGCUGGUUCGGAAUGUAAAUCACUUAGCGAAGGAAACCGUUCUGUAUCACGGUGCUAUGGAUCACUUUGUAAGGCGCAGGUUGAAGGAGAUCGUAGUUAUGCUAAGUGUGAAGGUUCUGCGUGCGAAGCUCAGUGCAUUGGGGAAAACUGCAGAGCGAAGUGUAAUGACGAGGAAUGCACUGAUCAGUCUCCAACAACGAAUGAUACAUCAAAACCCGAUGUUAAGCCAAAUCAGCCCCCGAAACCUAAUACUACAGAAAAACCUGAUGUAAACCCUAAUCAACCUUUAAAACCGGAUGAAAAGCCUAAUAAACCUUCAGAAACUAAUUCAACGUCAAAACCUGAUGUAAAACCAAAUCAACCUUCAAAACCGGACGAAAAGCCUAAUCAACCUUCAGAAACUAAUUCAACAUCAAAACCUGAUGUAAAACCAAAUCAACCUUCAAAACCGGAUGAAAAGCCUAAUCGACCUUCAGAAACUAAUUCAACAUCAAAACCCGAUGUAAAACCUAACCAACCUUCAAAACCAGAUGAAAAGCCUAAUCAACCUUUAGAAACUAAUUUAACAUCAAAACCUGAUGUAAAACAAAAUCAACCUUCAAAACCUGAUGAAAAGCCUAAUCAACCUUCGGAAACUAAUUCAACAUCUAAAUCUGAUGUGAAACCAAAUCAACCUUCAAAACCUGAUGAAAAGCCUAUUCAACCUUCAAAAACUAAUUCAAUAUCAAAACCUGAUGAAAAGCCUAUUCAACCUUCAAAAACUAAUUCAACAUCAAAACCUGAUGUAAAACCUAAUCAACCUUCAAAACCUGAUGAAAAGCCUAAUCAACCUUCAAAAAUUAAUUCAGCAUCAAAUUCUGAUGUAACGCCUAAUGAACCUUUAAAACCUGAUGUAAAACCUAAUCAACCUUCAAAACCUGAAGAAAAGCCUAAUCAACCUUCAAAAAUUAAUUCAAUAUCAGCACCUGAUGUAAGGCCCAGUCAAUCUUCAAAGCCUGAUGAAAAACCUAAUCAACCUUCAAAAACUAAUACAACAUCAAACUCUGAUGUAAAGCCUAAUGAACCUUUAAAACCUGAUGUAAAACCUAAUCAACUUUCAAAACCUGGAGAAAAGCCUAACGAAUCUUUAAAAUCUGAUGAAAGCCCUAAUCAACCUUCAAAACCUAGUAGUGCACCGAAACCUAAUGGAAACCCAAAUCAAUGUCGUUCGAAUGAAAAUUUGUUAAAAAGAUUGCUUGAAAUAUUAACGGAGUUUAAUACGGGGGGUAGUCCGCAUGCUGCAUAUGACAACCCUGAAACACGAAGACAAUCAACCUGUCCUGAAACAUGUGCUGAGGCUUACUGUAAAAACGAAUGCGCAGGCGAUAAAAGCAAAUCUAACUGCCAUGCCGCAAAUUGUCUUGCAUCGUGCAAUGGAGAAAAAUGUGAAUCAAGGUGCCAAGGAUCACUUUGUAAGGCGCAGGUUAGUUUUCCUAUUUUGAAAUCCUCUCCUAUUCUUUAUGAAAUAUAUGCCAUGCAUGCA